UAUAUCAUUGAGCAAUAGAUAUUAUUUGUUAUUUAGUCUUUUGAAUGAUCGGUUCAUACUUUGAUUUUAUCUUGUUUAAGUUUUAAAAAAGCUUGUAUGGCACUUCAGUCAUAAGCGAACAAGUAUCUUAACGCGAAUAAUUGCACCGUAUUUUAUUUGUAAACGUGGAACACGAAAUUGAAUAAUUAAAGAUAAUUUGGAGGAGAAAUAUUUAACACGGAUUUUUCUGAUUCCAAAAACCUAAAAUAGACGAAGAUAACGAUGGAUACAGGAAGGGUUGGCGCGUGCCACAGGCUGGAAAAUAAGCGCCGGAAGUUCCUCAUGGUCAUAAAUGACGUAGUCAAAAAUAAGUAUGACGUGUACGCAGAAUAUCUUGACCACGCCCACACGGAAGCGGACUACAAUUUUGAAAAAUCAAAAAUGUUCGUUAGGAGAGCUUUGGUGCGACAAAAGGUCCUUCAGAAGUGUAUGAAAAUGAGACGGCGUGAGGCUCAACCUAGAAGUGUGUUUGGUCGCUAUGGAGGAAAGCCCGUUGAAUCGUUCAGUCGCGAUAUUGAAGGAUUUAUUGCUCAUAAUCAUCCAAAACUUAGACGUAAACGCCAUCUAGAGCGUCUAUUGAACGAGAGUUUGGAUAAGGGCGCCAUUUUGAAGCAGACAACAGUUAAGAAUAGAAUGUCGGGCUGGAUGGAAAGGUCAUACACUAAAUAUAAACUUUUACAGCAAAAACGUGAGCAGACGAAUCUCGAAAAGAUUGAAGAAGAAUUGGAAAAAGCUACGGCGAGGAAGCCUCAGGGAAUUUCUCGACUGCCUGUUCUUACAAACCCAUUUUAUUCCGGAGCUAGAAAUGACCCAGAACCGGAAGACAAUGAAAACCCGGAAGCGGAAAUAGCAAAGACGAAACCGGAAGCGGAAAUGGAAGUGAAUGUUUUAAAUCUCGCAAAGGAUUUUGGAAAUGUUAAUUUGAAAAGCAAAGUAGACACAAGUGUUGUAAAUACGAACAAAACUCUUGAACAAAGACGAUCUCUUGUUCUACCGCCUAUAAGUCCAACAAAAGCAAUGAUGUCGGCAGUUCAAAGCUAAUACGCGACACUAGUGUUAUAUAUGCGUGUUAGAAGGUGCGUUACAUUUAUUGCAUAUUCUAACUAAGCAAUCUUACAAGCUGUGUUUGAUACAACUAGCAAUGCUUUGCCAUUGUAUAUACAUGAAGUCCAGGCACAAGGAUACAAGAAUACAGCAGAGCGUGCUAAAGAAGAAGCCGUUUUUUUUCCGGCUUGGUGGUUAAACCACAGACUGCAAAUAUAGCAACAGACGCACGCACGAGGAGUUCAAUAAAGACGAUACGUAGCUUACUACCAUCCGUACCCGAUAACAAUUCUAUAUCUCAACUUGCUUUUGCUCAAUCAAAAGGACCCCCUUCCCGCCCCCCCCCCCCCCCACGCCCCAAAUGACUACUUGAACGCAUGGUCAUAAAUCUUUAUUAAAGAAAUGGUCAUCAAUAGCUUAUUAAUGGUCGAUUUUUGGAAUUGGCGAUAACGCAUUUUAUACAUUUGUGAAAAAUGUCAAUCAUAAUUUUCGAGGUCCAAGAUAUCUUCCCUAUGGGAAGGACUGAAACAAGUGACUGUGUUGUUUGUAGUCAGUCCCAUUUGUUAUUUUGUUCGUUUUAUGUGGUUUUUUUGUUUGUAUAUUCCGACAAUGUAUAUGUAAAAAUCGUUUGUAUUCCUGUUUGUUUGAAUAAAAUACUAUCAAAGCAAAUUAAACAUGUAGCUAGAAAAAUCAGCAAUAAUACAUGUAGCUCAUUCUGUCCACUAGAAUUCUAUUUACAUAAAUUUGAAAUCAUUCAUGCUUGCUAUUACUAUAGUACAUAUUUUUUUUUACUGUGUUUGUAUAGAAAUUGCAAUACUAUUGCUGAAUUAAGUUUAGAAAUAAUCUGUUCAAUGUUAUUCCUUAACGCAAUAUUUUGUUUUCCAUAUAACAAGGUCAAUAAACUUAA